AUGUCAGUGCAUGUUCCUACAGUAUUUAGACCCGGACUUUAUCAAAUGUUUCACGUUAGUGACUUCCUACACUUUAGCAACCAUGGUACAAAACCAGAUGGUACACAAAUGGGAAAUGCUGGAGUUGGACAUUUUGCGUCUCUGGAGACAGUUCAUGAUGAUUUUCAUUUAGUAUCUGGUGGUCUUGGAGGUCAUAUGACUUAUACAGAUCUAGCUGGAUUUGACGCACUAUUCUUUUUUCAUCAUGUCAACGUUGAUCGUCUUGUUGCACUUUGGCAAGGAGUAUAUCCUGAUAGUUGGAUUCCAAAAAUUACUGAACUCGACGGAACUUAUACAGAUGAAAUAGAUAAA